AUGCUUAAUACGUUAAUAGUAGGUAUUAUAAAAAUUAGCUUCGGCCUAGGUAAGAAAAUCGUCGCCCUAAGUACGGUAGAAAUAAAAACGCACUUUAAAAUAAUAACUUUCUAUAUUCUACUUAUUAAUACCCCGUUUCUCUUAUAUCUAAAAAACAUAGAUUAA